AUGAAUACACCAAAACGAUUACUAUCAGGUUCUGAUGAUGUAUCUGAAUAUCCAACAACAAGAAGACGAUCUAAAUCACCCAAUGAUAAUUUAACAACACCGAUUGAUGAUCAAAUUGAACAAGUGGCGAAAAGACAUCGUGUACCGAGUGAUACUGUCAAACGUAUUAUCUCGGAUCUUUUAAAUGAAUCGACAGUAGUCGAUUAUCUUCGAACACGAAUAAUUCAAGAUGAAUCAUAUUCAGUUAAUAACACGAUCUCAAUAACAACAUCUGAUGAAUCUCUUCUUUCUUCAUCGAAUUAUUUUGAUACAUCAUCUCAAAUAAAUUCUUCACAUGUGUUUUCAUCAGAUCAACAACAACAAAAUCUUUUAUUAACAACAAUGGUUGAUGAAUAUGAUCCACUUUGGCUUGAAUUUCUUCAAUCACUUAAUACAGUUGAUAAUAAUUCAAAUAUACAACAAAAUACAACACAAUCCAAUGUGCCAUUUGAUUCAUUAUUUAGUGAAGAUGAUGAUGAUGAAGAAUUUAUUGGACCUGAUGAUGAAAAUAAUAUUGAAACUGUCGAUGAACGAAAACUACGUGUAUCUAAACGUGAAUUAGCUUCAUUAUUAAAAGAUAGUGCACCAUCACCAGAUGAUCAUGCUUCUUUUCGUGAUGAAGAAAUUCUUCGUAGUGAUCAAUACGAAUCUUUAUGGACAGAAUUUUUAGCUUCACUUCAAACAGGAAAUGAUCAACAACAGGAUGAACAACAGAAAUCUAUAAUAACAACAAUAACAGAAGAAGAUGAUAAUGAUGAUGAUCCAGAAUUUCGACUUGCAGAUACUGAAAAUGAUAUUGAUGAUGAUUUAGAAGAUGAAUUACAUGUUUCAAAACGUGAAUUAGCUUUACUUUUACAAGAUAAUGCUUCGAUAUUAAAUCAUGAAGAAUUUCAAAAUAGUGAUGAAUUUAUUAAUCCUGAAUCUGUUUCAUCGAAUACAACUUGUUCUACAAUAACAAAAACAUUUGAGCAUCAUAUAACAUCCGAACAACGUGAUGUUCUACAAUAUCAAUUAACAGCGUAUGUUCAAUUACUAACUCAAUAUAUUUUAUUAAGACGUGAGACCAAUUCAUUAUUAUUCGAUGAUCAAUCCGCUCAACAACUUUUUACAGAUCUGAUUUAUUUUCGUGAUAAACAAUCAAAUUCCAUCUUAGAUAUACCUUUAUUAACUGAAGCACAACAUCUACUUGAAACUGCACCACCACCUAGUCGAAGAAAAGCUUUUGGUAAUCAUUUAUCAUUUUAUUUAAUGGAUACAUUUUGUAAAAGUUCAGCUUUUGUACAUGAUUCAUUAUUACCAACUUGUUUCUUAUCUUCAUCGAAUUCAAAUAUUCAAACAUUUUUAAAUGAUAAAACAUCACGAAAUUUUGUAUCCGGUGAAGAUUGUUUAAUGGCACUUGGUCUUGAACAAAAUGAUGCAAAAAUGUUAAUUAUUGGUCAUAAUGAAAAGGCUAUUAAUGAUCGUCUUAAUAGUCUUCGAUAUGCUAGAGUACGACGUGGAAAACAAAAUCCAGUUAAAGCCUUUUUUACUUAUGGUUCUGUACCUGAUAUUUCUUUAAAUCCAUGGUAUCAUGUUCCAAAUGGAUUUGAUAUCAAACAAAUUUAUCCGAAUGGUCUUAUUGAAAAAGUGAAUGUUGUUUUUCCUUCUUGGUUUCGACUUUCUUAUAAACGAUCGAGACAGUUAUUAAAACGUACAAAUAAUUCUCUUAUUUCAUCAACAUUAUCAUCAUCAACAACAGCUCCAAGAAUUGAUACAAAUGAUGAUAUUUCUUCAUCAACUGUUUAUGUUGUUGUUGAAGGCACAUCAUCAAAUUCUCGAACAACAACAUCGCCUAACAAAGUUUUACAACAAAUUCAUAUGUUACAUUUAUUAAAUUCUUAUCCGAAAUUACAACCUAAACAACAAUAA